AUGAUACGGCCAGUGUGUGUUUUGAUCCACAAAUACGGGUCUUUGUCUUGUAUCAAUAAGUUAUCAAUUCUGGGAGUGAGAUCUUUUUCUCCCCUUGAAAAAGAGGUUAUUGAGUUUGGUCAACCAUUGACGUUAAUUGUUGGUCAAAAUGGUACUGGUAAGACCACAAUUAUCGAGUGCUUGAAGUAUGCCACCACUGGUGAUCUACCUCCCAACAGCAAAGGUGGUGCCUUUGUUCACGAUCCUAAAAUCGACGAAAAUAAGGAAGUAAAGGCCCAGAUAAAGUUGGGAUUUAAAAAUAAUGGUGGAAAUCAAAUGGUUGUCACGAGAUCAAUGCAAUUGCUCAUUAAGAGAACCACUUCCACUUUCAAGACUUUGGAAGGUCAACUUGUUAUAAUGAAUCAAAAUGAGAAAACUAGAAUCAGCACUAAAGUAUCAGAAUUGGAUGUGCAGGUACCAAAUUAUCUCGGGGUUUCUAAAGCUAUCUUAGAGUAUGUGAUUUUUUGCCAUCAAGAGGAUAGCUUAUGGCCAUUGAGUGAGCCUUCCAUUUUGAAGAAAAGAUUUGAUGAGAUAUUUGAAGCAUUAAAGUUUACUAGAGCCCUUGAUAAUAUCAAAAAUAUUAGAAAAGGGUUAGUGAAUGAAAUUAAGCUAUUAGAGCAAAGUGUGCAACAUUUGCAGUCGGACAAAGAUAAGGCCACCAAAGCAGAGAGUAAAAAAGAGGAGUUGCAAUCACAGAUUGAUGAUUUCAAGCAAGAAGUGGAAAAGCUAUCGGAAGAUAUCGAUGAUAUUAACAGCAAAAUAGCACGACUUUUUAAAUCCAACCAGGAAUUUCAAGCAGUAGUGGCCAAACUUGAUAAUUUGGAAUUUUCUAGACAAUCUUAUAAUAACCAAAUCAAAAGAUUAGAAGAUCAUAUCGAAUUUCUUCAUGACUCUGAUGAAAUAUUGGUUGAAAGGUCAUCGAAUUUUCAAAAAGAAAUCCAAAAGUACGAAUCUGAGAUCCAGCGGACCGAAAAGGAAAAUAGCAAGGUUUUUAAACAAUUGGACCAGGCUAGAGAAUCUUAUGGAGAUACAAUCAGGGAAGAAGGGGAAUUGAAAGGUCUUGAAAAAAUUUACGAGAAAAAUAUAAAAUCUCGAAAUGAAUUAAUACAAAAGAAUGUUAAAAUGGUGGACAUACCUCCCACCGACAAUAUUACAGAUGAUGUUGUAAAAAAGUUCUCUAGGACUAUCGAGAAGCUUAAAAAAAUGAAGGAUCAUGAAGUGGAGGAAUGUACUUAUGACUACGAAAAUAAGGUCAAGGAAUUCGAGAAAAAAAUACAGAAAAUUACCAAUUCCAUUUCCAAUGAAGUGAAUUUGAAGAAAUAUAACUCAGAAGAUAUCGAGAAAAUUGAAGAAGAAAACCAUGGUAUCACAAAGAAAAUCAACAAUAUUCAAUUUGAUGAAGCAAGUACCGAAUAUGAGAAGACAUUACUCGAAAAUAUGGAGGCGAAACUAAAAAAAUUGAAAACCGAUAAUUCGGUGGAGUCAGUUGUUUCUAAAAUCAAGGAAAAUGAAUCUACUUUAUCAAAGCUUGAAGCAGAAAUUGAUGAUAUCAACAAACAACUUACUCUUAGUAGUAAGCGUGCUGAUAUAUAUGCAAAGAUAUCAUUGAUGAAAGAAGAUCAAAAAUACAAAGAAAAGGCCUUGGAGUCUUUGUUGAAGAAACAUGGAGAAAGUUUCCAGAAAAUUUGUGGAGCAGACCUUGAAGUUAGGAGUUGUAACAAAUUAUUAAGUGAAACUUUGGAGGCUCAAGAGGGAACAUUGAAAGACUUGAAUAAAAAGAAAGAGUUGAUUGACAAAAAUUUUAAUGAAGUGGAAUCCACAUUGAAGUACAAAACAGAUUCCUUGGCUUCUAAGAAAGCUAAGUUGAUAAGCUCUGAAAGGAUAGUAAAACAGAAACUUCCUGAAGACGUCAAUAUUAGUGAGUAUGAAGAAUAUUUGAAAGACUUGGAAGUUGAAUAUAAGGAGUUGAUGGAAGACAUUGGGAUAGCCAAAUCAUCUAAAGACCUCAAUGUUAAAGCUAUUGAUGUUGCUAAGACAAAACAUUUCUGUAUGAUGUGUGCACGUAACUUUACUGUGGAUGAGUUGAAAUCUUUUGUUGAAAGGGUCACCGGUAUGAUAUCCAAGCUUGAGGAUGGCAAUGACUCUGAGUUGAUAAAAUUAGAACAAGAAAUUUCUCAAGCAAGAGCCAUUUCAAACGAUGUUGUCAAUUAUAGAGACUUGAAUGUUGAGAUUCCAAAACUUGAAAACGAAUUACGGGAUCUCCGUACGCAGCUCGAGUCAAUCACUAAGGAAAGAGAAACUACCAAUAAUGAUGUUCAGUCGAACAGAAAGAUAUUAUUGGAGAUGGAAUCGCUUCAACAACCAAUGAAUGACAUUACCAGGAUGUCUAAGGAUCUUGAAAAUGUCAAACUUCAACUAAAUGCUAAAAAACAAGAGUUGAAUGAAUUUGGGAACUUGGGUAAUGAAGAAUUAUCGAUGAUGGGCAAUGACGAGCUCCAAGCAUUACAAUUUAAUAAGAAUAGUGAAUUCAAAAAGUAUAGAUUAAUGAAUAAGAACUUAACAGAAGAGAAAGAACUCCUGUUAAAGGAGAUGAACAAUAUUGAAAAUCAAAUCAAGGAUAAAAGAUUGUUCAUUAUUAACUUGGAAAAAUCACUUAUUGAGAAAGAAAACUUGACCAAGACUUUGGACUCCAAUAAUAGAAAAGUCAAGGAGCUUGAGAAUACGAUUAAGAAAAUUGGUGAAAGAUUACUGGAAUUAGAAUCCUUUGAAGUCACAACGCGUGGAGAAUAUGAUUCUUUUAAAGCUAAAGCUAUGGAGCUUCUUGAAAGACUCAAUGUGGAAUUAGCGGAACUUACUAAUGUAUUUGAUCAAUUAGGGAAUUUUAAUAGUGCAAUCUCCAAAUAUGCAGGUGAAGACAAGUCUCGAUUAGAGAAGGUUCAAAAGAAGGUCCAAGAGAUAGAUUUGGAGGUCAGCAAGCUUGAAGCAUCUAUCAAUGAGAAAAACAGCAUUAUCAGUGAUUUACGGGAUAAGAUUGCCAAUCAAGACCGAGUGGAAAAGAAUAUUCAGGAUAAUCUCCAACUUCGUGAUUUGAAUAGCAAAUUGAGCACUUUAGAAAUAGAGAUUGAAGAAUUGAAAGAUCAAAACGCGGAAGCUAAAAAGCAAGAAUAUGAAACAAAGUCAAAAGAACUACAAAAACAACUUGCCAAAAUCCAAAGUCAAUACGGUGGAAAAUUAGGGGAAAUUAGACAAAUGGAAAACCAAGUACAAUCAAUUGCCCGUGAAUUAAAGGAAGAUUAUGAAGGAAUUAGUGAAAGCUAUCAUAAGGAAUGGGUUACUUUACAAACGAAAACUUUGAUUGACGACGAUUUGAUGAAAUAUGGUAAGGCUUUAGACUCCGGGAUUAUGAAAUACCAUAGUAUGAAGAUGGAAGAGAUUAAUAAAUUGAUUGAUGAAUUAUGGCAUGAGACUUAUAGGGGAACAGAUGUUGAUACGAUUCAAAUACGAAGCGAUGUGAAUUUGCAAUCCAAAGGAAAUAGAUCUUAUAAUUACCGGGUGAUCAUGAAAAAGGGAGAAGUGGAGCUUGACAUGAGAGGACGGUGUUCUGCAGGGCAAAAAGUAUUGGCGUCGAUCAUUAUCAGAUUAGCGUUAGCAGAAUGUUUUGGAAUUAAUUGUGGGAUGAUCGCCUUGGAUGAGCCAACUACAAAUUUGGACGUGGAAAACAGUGAAGGGUUGGCGCAGUCUUUAUCACGGAUUAUUGAAAUGAGACAAAGACAGAAGAAUUUCCAAUUGAUUGUGAUUACCCACGAUGAGAAAUUUUUGAACCAUAUGAAUGCUUCUAAGUAUACCGACCAUUUCUUUAGAGUAGUGAGAAAUGAGCAGCAGACAUCACAAAUCGAACGGGUGGAUAUCACUCGAAUUGCAGAGGAAUAA